GCGACACCGUCAGUUUAACAGAAUAAAGUGAUGUGAACAGUAACGUUAACGUUACUAAAACAACAUCAGAGCUGCAGUAACACCUUCACAACCUAAAACCUCCAGACUGUGGCAGCAUUUCACUCUUCACACAGCCAGAAAGGUCGUGAAUUGCAGCAAAGCCGAACUCUCCUGGAAACACCGGAUCAUCUGAAGAGUCGUGUCUUUGUGGAUGAUGAAGACUCGUCUCGGUCUAUUCUGUCUCGGUUCUAAUGUCCGCAUUGCUCUUCCGCCAUCUCAAUUGCUGGAUUAUCGAUCAUCGUCUGUGGUUUGAGACAUUAGCUUCCAGUGAUGGAGGUCAGCAUAAUCUGAUACUCUUUACUUUGUGCAGGAGCCUCGGAAAAAGCAAGGAUCCAACAUAUUGGUCCAGUUUCAGCUGCACACAUGAUACUCAUAUGACACUCAUAUCAGUACAUCCAAAUGGCUAUGAUGAAGAUGAUAAUGAUGUAAGUGUUUUUCUGGUGAAUAUAGGUCAUGCACUUUGCCAGGGUAGUUAUGUCUAUAAGAUGCUAUGAAUUAUGACGUAGUUGCUAUCUCUUCUCCAUAUUCAUGUGUGUAUUUGUGUGCAUGCAGCCACCGUGCCACUGACUUUGCUCCACACACAGACCUUGCGACGCUUUGGACGAGGAGCGCGAAUGCGUUCCUGCAGCUUGUAGCGCAGACAGGGAAUCAGAGGAGGAGGAGAGACAGAGAGAGUGAACGGCAGCAGAGCAGGGGAGGGAGGCUGAUGAAGCAGGGAGAGGAGGAAAGGAGGUGAAGGACCACCCUUAUCGAGCAUAGCCGUUCGCAGGGAGCCUACCAAAGGGACCUUCCCACACACACACCAUGGUCUGCCAGCCAAUCAGAUCGCUCACAUCCUUGACCCAUCCUCCCUUGUACAACUGCUCAUCCAUGGCUCAGCGAAGCAGAUGUGAGGUGAUGCGGUAGGAAGCGAGGCUGCGAACCACCUGGACAGAAAACUGAAACACGCUGUGUUUUUAAUAUGCAGGGAGGAAAGAUGGUGGUUUGACAAUAGCUGUGAGGAAUUGUGGUGUCUGAGCUGGUGACAUUGUUUUUUCCUCUGACUGGUUUUGGAUGUGCUGUGUAAGAGAGGAGGACAAGGGGGAUUUUAUGAAGCUUGGCGAUGAUGACAAAGCAUGCUGGACAAGUGACAAUCUGACAACGAAACAGCGGGACAGUGAUUGAAGAAAGGCCAUGAGAGCCAGGAGAGAGGCCAGGAUGGUGUCUGCCUGUUCACCAUGCACAAACAUAAGGCCAAGCAAAAGAAGUGGAAGAAACUGAUAUGGAAACCCCAAAGCACUGCCAGUAACUCAAACAAGAGCACGCCUGCCUGCUCACCAGUCCUGCGUAAACGCUCGCGCUCUCCCACACCACAGAGCCAGGAGGGUGAGAAUAUGGUCGAGAAGGGUUCAGACCACUCCUCUGACAAAUCCCCCUCCACGCCUGAGCAGGUCGUCCAGAGAACAUACUCCCUGCAGUCAGCAAGAAGCGGAGGAAAGAACUCAAAGAAGAGCCAAAGCUGGUACAACCAUGAAAGACAACACAUCCUGAGAGUGCUGAGCCCGACAUACAAGCAGCGCAAUGAGGACUUUAGGAAACUCUUCAAGCAGCUCCCUGACACAGAGAGACUCAUUGUGGACUACUCCUGUGCUCUUCAACGGGACAUCCUCCUGCAGGGACGACUCUACCUCUCCGAGAACUGGAUCUGUUUCUAUAGCAACAUAUUCCGCUGGGAAACACUGCUGACAGUGCGGCUAAAGGACAUCUGCUCAAUGACAAAAGAGAAGACUGCCCGCCUCAUUCCCAAUGCCAUCCAGGUCUGCACAGACACUGAGAAGCACUUUUUCACCUCAUUUGGAGCAAGGGACAGGACAUACAUGAUGAUGUUCAGACUGUGGCAGAACGCACUGCUGGACAAGCCCCUGUGCCCCAAGGAACUGUGGCACUUUGUUCAUCAGUGCUAUGGCAACGAGCUCGGCCUAACCAGUGACGAUGAGGACUAUGUUCCCCCUGAUGAUGACUUCAAUACUAUGGGGUUCAGUGAAGAGAUUCCCAAUGAAGAGAAUGAGAUCAACAAUGACAACUUGUCUAAGAGCAGUGCCGAGGCCAAGCCCGAGGGGAGCCCUCCUCUGCUUCAUAAGAAGGUCAUCCCAAACAGCACCAUCCCCAGCCCAGGCAACCAUGACACACCCAUCGCAUUUGACCUCCCAGCAGAAGAGUAUGCAGACUGCCUACCAGACGGCGAGCUGCUUGCUGUACCACUGUUGGUGGAAGAGAAGAACAUUGAUACCAGCGGGCCUGGUGGUCCUGUCCCCUCACCAUCUCUGGACUUCAAUGACAAUGAAGACAUCCCCACUGAGCUCAGCGAUUCCUCCGAAACACACGAUGAGGGUGAAGUACAGGCCUUCCACGAUGAUCUGAAUGGCAGGCAGUACAUCAAUGAGGUCUACAAAUUCAGUGUGGACAAGCUCUAUGACAUCCUCUUCACAGAGUCGCAGUUCAUGAGUGACUUCAUGGAACAGAGACGAUUCUCAGAUGUGGUGUACCACCCGUGGAAGAAGGAAGAGGAUGGGAACCAGACCAGAGAGAUCCUGUACACCAUCUCGCUGUCCAACCCCCUGGCCCCCAAAACAGCCACAGUCACAGAGACACAGACUCUGUACAAAGCCAGUCAGGAGAGUGAGUGUUACAUCAUCGACGCUGAGGUCAUCACACAUGACGUGCCCUACCACGAUUACUUCUACACUCUCAACCGCUACAUGCUCACAAGGGUGGCCAAGAACAAGUGCCGGUUACGGGUAUCAACAGAGCUGCGCUACAGGAAACAGCCAUGGGGACUGGUGAAGGGCUUCAUAGAGAAAAACUUUUGGAGCGGGUUAGCAGAGAACUUCCGCCAUCUAGAGUUAGAGCUGUCCAAGCUGGAGGAGAUCCUGACCGAGUCCCACCAGCUGUCACCGAAGGCGAAGGUGGUGAAAAACUCCACGGUGAGGCGGAAGAAGAGGCCCCUCCCCCACAUGCGCAGCCAACAUCUGGACGAGGCGCUCAGCCCCGUUACCACGCCGACGGAUGAGGAAGUGAUUCAAAGGAUCAAACAAGUGGCAGGCUCCACACAAACCAGACACCAGAGUCCAGAACACCACCACCUGCCCGGAGGCAUCGCGCUCUACAGCGUCUCCAAACUGCUGCUCAUCAUCAGCUUUGUCCUGGUCCUGCUGGUGUUCCUCAACAUGAUGCUGUUUUACAAGCUGUGGAUGCUGGAGUACUCUGCACAGUCCUUAACAACCUGGCAAGGUCUGCGGCUUCAUGAAAGUAAACUGCCUCAGACUCAGAUGGAGUGGGCCCAGCUCCUCGAGGCACAGCAGCGUUACCAUGACGCCGAGCUGCAGAAGUGGAGGGAGAUUAUCAAGUCGUCAGUAGUGCUGCUCGACCAGAUGAAGGACUCUUUAUUGAACCUCCAGCGAGGCAUUGGCUUAAGGGACUACAGCUCUGAGGCUGAAGAGAAGAGAAGUCGCUAUCACUGACACAUCACCAGAAGGCCAUGAGGGCAUGCUGUGCAAUAUAGGACCUGUUUUGUUUGUGAGCCAGUAUGCAGGCAGCAGCAACAGAGAGAGAGAGAGGACAGAGGGGGGAGGUGGGACCAACAGUGAGCUGCUCCAAUAGACACAAAGAGGGGAACAGUCGUCUCCAGCGCACAGAGGUUAAAACCCCCAGGAGGAGGAAAUCAUGGAGUGCCCCAACCACACACAGGAACUGAGGUGUCCCCAACAUCACUGAGGCAUUGUGGGAAGGUGCAAGACCUGCUCCUUCUCUACCCCUGUGGGAUAACCGUUUCCUUCAACUCUCUUUAUUUCCAAGUGCAUCCUACUGUAAGCCAUGUCGACCAGACAGUGGCAGAGAGAAAGAAGGAAAACUACUGCAUGCAUUUAGACAACCUAGAUCCCCUCAGUCAGUGUUAACGUGGUCCAGUUCCAGUCUAUGUGUGUCAAAAAAAAGAAGAACAGGAGACGCGGAGAGAUCGGGUCAGAGAACAUGGGGUCCUUUCGAGUCUUAAUGGCUUUCUACACUCUCUAGACUGUUCCAAACCAAUCGUCCCCUAGAGGUCCUCGCUGCAGCGUCCCUUCAGUAAACCUCCGCGUGAUCAGAGUACAGUAUUGUCCCACAACCAAAAAGGAAAAGAAGUGAUGCAGCUGGGAGCUUAGCUCCACCGAUCAGUCCCUAUUGCCUUGUCUGAACCUGGCCUGUAUGGUCUUUGUCAGGGCUGGUUCCCUGUCAGACCAUUAGUAGAAUCUGAAGAAUCAUGAGACCUAGGCCAGUAUUUUUACCCUUAUACACAAUUAACUUAUUCAGUUGCCCCUGCCAGUGUUAGCUACCUUACAUUGCAUUAUUCCUCAUCCUGCUAAUGAAGUGGAAUGUAUUAGCCUGUGCAAAAAGGACAGACUUUGAUGAAUAAGUUGUAUUCAUCUUUUUAUAAAGGGAUGCUGCAGCCCGACUAAUAGGGAGACCUGUGUUCUUACAUGUUUUAUUACUAAACUGUGACUAUAUCUCUUUAAAAAUGUUUCAAAUUAGAAAGAAUUCUAUGAAUAUAUUUGAAAUAUAUAAGAAUAUUUCAUUAUUUAAUAUAUAUAUUUCAAAAUAUAUAAACAUUACCUAUAUUUAUUGUUAAUUUAUGUACAUAAAAAAAUUAUCAGAGCUCUAGACCAGUUAAAGAAUUUCUAACAAAAGUGUUUUCUUCUAAAAAUGCAUGCCAGAUAUGUCUGUGACAUGUCCAGUGUGCAAGUAUGAUUCUGCAUUCGCGCGAUUAUCUUCGCGCAUGUGUGUGAGUGUGUAUGAGUGCGUGCGUGCGUGCGUACGUGCAUGCGUGCGUGUGCGCACAAGUGUGUGCUGUAAAGUGUGACAUUUUUACCAUUCCACACUUGUAUGUUUCUUAAUUUUUCUUUUCUGGCUCCUGCAGCCAGACUGCCUUUUUUAAUGCUAAUGCAUUUGGAUGCCGCCUUGCAUUAGCCCCACCAGGGUACAGUUUACAAUCGAAGAGUUUUGUUCCAAAAUGACAUAUCCAACAUUUGAAAACAAUGUUACGCCUACUUUUACAAAAUAAUUGGUUAUUUAAACUAUUAAUAAAUGUAGCUUAAAUCCAUGGUUGACAAAUAGAAGAAGACAGACUUGAGCAAAAACAUUUUUAACAUUGAAUGAUGAACUUGAUGAUUUUUCUCAUGUAAAUGGAUAUAUAACAUUUUGGAGAUGAACCCUUCAUCUGCCCUCUGUGAGCAACUCUUUGUCCAUGUCACCGUAUUAGUGGCUUGACAACUCUUUGCUAAAAGGAAUAGUUUGACAUUUUGAGAAAUUCACUUAUUCCCUUUCUUGCCAAAAGUUAGAUGAUUGCUACCACUCUUGUCUGUACAUUAAAUAUGAAGCUGCAGCCAGCUAGCUAGCUUUGCAAGACGUUUCCCCGUUUCCGCUCUUUUUGCUUAGAUAACCAUCUCCUGGCUUUCGGGACGGGAGUGUACCUAUGUUCCUCUGUUCAGUAUCCUCUUGACAUGGGCCAGUAUGUUGAAAUCACCCAGCUAUAGCUUAAAGAUUACUGAUGUUAUACUCAAAUUUGCGAGCAAGACCGUUUUCUUGACUUUAGACAUUGAUAUUUCUACAGUGGACAAAUGAAUGCUUACUAUUCAGUGUGCAUUUUGAACAUCCAUCUCCUUUUCUUUUGCAAUUUGAACUGCAAAGAAUGCCCUUUCCAAUCUCUUACAAUGUUUGUUUAUAUGAAAGGGCACUGACUGGGAACAUAGGUGUGAGCCCAUCUUUAAAUUUUCCCUUUUUUUCUAUUCUUUAUGCUAAGCUAAGCAUCUCCUGGCUGUAGCUUCAUAUAUAGCCUGCAGAUAGAAAGCAUAUAAGAAAGCAAAUAAGCAUAUUUUCUAAAAUGCAGCUAGUUCAACCCAUAUUAUACUCUCCCUUCCCCAUUUGAAGUGUCUGUCUUGGAUGCAAUGAAAGCAUGAGAAUUAACUUUACGCAACUAAAUUGAACCAAAAGAAAGAAUUAGAAAUGUACGUUCACAAAUUAUUAUGUUGUUUUAAAUGAAGUAUUUAUCAUGUAUGUCAUGUAUGUUAUAUGGAUCAGGUGCGGGAAAGAGCCUCUCUUAAGAGUUUGCCAACAGAGACCCCUGACAGCAGACAGACUUCAGCGAUGAAAGCACUUCCAAAAAUUAAAAAUACUUCCUUUUGUUUAAAAAAGAGAAAGUGAAGCACUUUAAGGCCUUUUCAGGUAAAGAAUGAAAGAAAUAAAUGGCAGCAGUUUAGUUUAGAGGGGAAUGCAGGGCUGAGGAAAAUGUUUCUAAUUUGUGUUGUAGUUAAUUUGACAAUCACACUGGUGAUUUACAACUAUCAGUCAUUAGAAAUUUUGGAUUUUAAUCCUGCUGGUUUGUUACUGCUCAAAAAUUGUAUUAUUCUGCCCAAAUAUAAUAUUUGGCUAUUAUUCUAUUUAAUGUGAUUACAUGUGAAUAUCUUUCAAUGUCACUUCCCAAAGCGCAAUCUAAGACUGAAACUUUCUUGUAUAUUUCAGGGCAAGGCAAGCAUGAGUGAAUUGUAUGAGGGAAAAUGAAUCUUUACUGUGUGCCUGCAUGGCGUGUUACUGACUGACUUUAUUGAAAACAGCAGAAAAGCUUCAGGAUUGGACCACUGCUGUGUGUGUGCGAAUAUUACAUUUGAAGACAGCACUGAGUAAUGAUAACCCAUGGGAAUGUGAGUGGUUGGAAAUGUUUUCUGUUUUAUAGAAAUCACUUCCACAAUCCUGACGACGCUGAAAGAUUAAAGUGAAGCUGUGCUUUGUGUAUGUGAUGGUACAAUGUGAUUGAAAUGCUUUAAAGAGUUUGUUUUUCAAAGUGUAUGAUGAAAUGGAUUUUUCUUUUUCAGAUGCUUGAAGUAUUUUUUGUUUGUUUAGAGAUUACAAACAUUCUCUUACUGUUUUGAUGGAGACACGGCACAUGUGAGAUUUAGUUGGUUUUACUACCCAGCUCUGGUUUUAUUGACACCUGAUUUCACCCUUGGAACACUGACAUUGUAUUUACUGUGAAAUCGUUUAUAGUGACACACGAGUUUUAAUAUUGAACUGCUGUAAAACCCACAUCAACUCUGUCCAAAUUACAUAUUCAGGCUUUGGGCCUCCAAGGAACUGUCACAGCAGACCUGAAUUUAAGUUCAUCAAUUUCAAUAAUUAUGCAAAUUAGGUAUUUUCUCAUCAUUCCCUUCAAAACUCCAUGAUUGUCAUUGCCACCAACAAAUUUGACUUAAACAAAUCUAAUCGAUUUCUCACAGAUAACACCUGUUUGUUGUGUUUUGCUUAUUUUUGUAUUUAGUCUUUCUUUUCUAGUGUGCACUCAAAAAGUAACCUGCGUUACACGAAUGAUUGUAUGAUUGCUAUCGCUGCACAGCUGUGAAACCAAGGUGACCCCGAGAGUUCUGGAUGCCACCGUUUUGUCACUAACAACAAAUGAAUUGUGCGCUGUAUUAAUUGGAAUUUGCCUUGCUGUCACAGAGCCGGCGAGACAUUUGUGCAACGCCACCCAUACAACACGUCGCUAACAGCCUUGGUUAACACACACGGUAGGAAUCACACACAACCUUCUGAAAAUGGCCACUGAUCAAACUCACAGCAAAUGCUCUUCUUUGAGUGUGUCUUGAUAAAAUAUGUCCUGGUGUAGAUCUGUUCAAAAAGAAUUCUACUGUAUGUUUUUUUAGAAAAUGUUUUGAUCUCUAGAGAGACUUUUAGUGAAAUUUAUACAUGAGAUAAAUAUACUCUAAGUAUAUGUUGUGUAUAUCUGCAGUGUGCAAAUACACACACACACACACACACACACACACACACACACACACACACACACACACAGACAGACAAAAGAAACCAACCUGCGCUGUGCGUAGGUUUUGACUUGCCGGUGACUUUUCCUCAUAGAGACUGAUGAUGGAAGUGGCUUUCUGGUUCAUGUGAAGUAGAGAUUGGAAGUAUGAAUAAAAAAGUAUAUAAUAUACAAGUGUUGCUA